AUCUGGAGAGUGCAGGAGUCUAAAGAAUGAGGCACGCACAAAGAGCAAGGGAUGGGGGAGAGGAGAGUCGCCGGGAAAGACACAGGAGCGGCUUGCUGCCUUGAGCUGUGCUUACCACUGAAAACACGGCUGCACACUAUUUCUGGCACUGUCUCGGUGCCAGGGCUGUUUAAAAUUGCUCUCUUCUGCCUCUCCCUCUCCCUCUCCCCCUUGUCUUAUAUACAUCGAUCAGGCUCCUCCUCUCCCUCGCAUCAACAUGAGGCAAGUUUCCACUUUGUGUUUUUAGUAGCAGCUUUGUACUCGCUCUGCCCAGCUGCAACGUGCCAGUCACACCCUCGGCACGGACGCAACCUUUUCAAGACAAGCCUUCCUUGGUGCUGGGUACCAGCUGGGACUCAAGCAUCCUUAAGUGAGCACCUUCAGCAGCCUUGGGAUCAGCCUUCACUCCAGCAAGAAGAACGACAUGCACCUUAACACAACUUCAUCGCUGUACCAGCUGGGAUACCUUAUGGGUCAGUUUCACUUGCAGCCUACCGGCUCAGCUCUGCCUACCUCCGGGAAUGUCUCCAAUAGUUCAGAGUCUGGGUCCCGGAUGCCCAACGAGGAGGAUCUGGACGUGAACACAGACAUCUACUCCAAAGUCAUGGUCACCAUCAUCUACUUGGUGCUCUUCUUGGUGGGGACCAUCGGCAACUCCAUCACUGCCUACACCUUGGUGCGGAAGAAGUCCUUGCAGAACCUUCAAAGCACUGUGCAUUAUCACCUGGCCAGCCUGGCAUUCUCCGACUUGCUCAUCUUCCUCCUCUGCAUGCCCAUCGAACUGUACAACUUCAUCUGGGUACAUCACCCUUGGGCUUUUGGCAAUGACAUCUGCAAGGGCUACUACUUCCUGAGGGAUGCCUGUACCUAUGCCACAGCUCUCAACAUUGCCAGCCUUAGCGUUGAAAGGUACAUGGCUAUUUGCCACCCUUUCAAAGCCAAGAGCAUCAUGUCCCGAAGCAGGACCAAAAAAUUCAUCAGCUGCAUUUGGGUGGCUUCGUUUCUGCUGGCUAUUCCGAUGAUUGUGACCAUGGGACAGGUGUACAAGGUACCCCAAGAUCCAGACUCGUUCAUCUGCACCCAGAUAGUGGAAGCUUCCACUCUGAAAGUUGUCAUCCAGGUCAAUGCUUUCAUCUCCUUUGUGUUCCCGAUGGUUAUCAUCUCCGUGCUGAACACCAUUAUCGCCAACCAGCUUAUCAUCAUGUUCAAGCAAGCCGCACAAGAAAACCAGGUGUGCACUAUUGGAGGGCAACAAACCAUGCUCAGCAUGUCUAUGGAACCAGGGCGCGUACAAGCCCUGAAGCACGGCGUUCGAGUCUUACGAGCUGUCGUGAUUGCCUUUGUGGUCUGCUGGCUUCCCUAUCAUGUACGGAGACUCAUGUACUGCUAUGUGCCAGAAGAUCAGUGGACAGACUUCCUUUAUGACUUCUAUCACUACUUCUACAUGCUGACAAACAUCCUCUUCUAUGUGAGUUCAGCCAUCAACCCGGUCCUCUACAACUUGGUGUCUGCCAACUUCCGCCAAACCUUCCUCUCGACACUCUUGUUCAUGUGCCUGCCAUGGAGAAAGAAGAAGAAGCGAACCAAGUUCAACCGGAAGUCCAACAGUAUCUCCAGCAACCAUACCUUUUCCAGCCAAGUCACCAGAGAAACCACAUAUUGAGGCCUGGGCAUGACCCAGGAAGGAAACAAGAAGUGUCUCAAUUCAUGACAGAAGUUGGAACUUGGGAAGAGGGCUGUCCUGCUUUUAAACAUGGCCUCCAAAUUCACCAUAGCAUGAAUGUGUUUAGCUGGUUGUCAUACAUUGGGACGAGUAGAUGUCUGUUCUACAAGGUUAACCUUGGGGUUAUGUUGUCGCAUUGGCUUCUGCCUAUUGUGCGUAAUGUCUCGAUAUUUGUAAUUUUGAUCCAGCAUAGACGUCACCUGUGAUGUCAUCCAGAAAGCUGUCAAUGUUGGCCAAGCUUGAGCGCUUCUUGUGCUGCGGUCCAUCCAUUUCUCACUUUAGAAGUGCCGUGGAAACACUGAAAAAUAAGGACUAAGACCAUUGCUUCUAGUGGUCUUGAAGAGAUAAAAUGAUAUGGGGGCUGGGUAUGUAUUGUGGUGGGGAGGGGGUCUUUUCUUUUUAGUGAAAUGGGGUGUUGCUUUUUUAGGGGGGAAGGGAAAGUUAUUCAUUAAGACUUUAAAGAAAGAGGAAUGUAAACUGUUCAAUAAAGAAGGGCAUGCAAUACUCAGGGAA